AUGAGUUUGCAGAGCUACCUCGUCAUCAGCAUUAUACUAUUCUGUCUUGGAAUCUUUUGUGUUUUGACGCGCAGGAACGCUAUCAGCAUCCUGAUGGGAAUCGAAUUGAUCCUCAAUUCCUGUAACCUUAACUUUGCUGCCUUUUCCCGAUUCGUAACGCCGCCUGACGAUAUUAGCGGUCAGGUCAUCGCACUCUUUGGAAUUGUUCUUGCCGCUGCCGAAGCCGCUGUCUUUUUAGCCAUCAUUUUGGCAAUUUAUAGAGAGUUCCGCACCAUCAGUCCCGACGAGACUGACACUUUGAAGGGAUAA